AUGAUCAAAAGGUUCCACUACGAAGACUCGGGUGUAGUGUUGCAAUUGUUUCAACGAGCAGAAGAGGAUUUGAGAGGAGAUUUAGAAGUAGCACUCCAUGCUCUCUCUGCAAAUAUUGAAUGUAUCUCGUAUUGUAUUGAAUUUUUAAUUCAUCACGAUGAUGCGUAUCGGAAAUUAUUAAAGAUGGCCAUUCGUGAUGAUGGGCAUUAUCUACAAUUGGUUCAAAAUACGGAGCUUGCCAAGGAUCGUGAAUUAGUCUUUUUAGCUUGUUCUUCCACGGCUGAGGCCAUUCAAUAUGCAGAUGAAAGUUUGCGAAAUGAUAAAGAGUUCGUUUUGAAAGUGAUCAAAGAGUGCCCAGGUAAUCCCAAUGCUUAUAUUGGUGAUGAUUUGACAAACGACAAAGAAGUAGCUCUUGCCUGUGUUUCUGUGGAUGGAGACGCUUUUCGAUAUUUUUCAGAUGAUAUUAGGAAUGACAGAGAGGUGUUUCUUCUGGCUAUCAAAACUGAACCAUGUUGUAUAUCUCAUGCCGGUGAUAAUAUUACGGGUGACAGAAAUAUGGUACUAGAGGCUGUGAAACGUGGUUGUGAUUUGAGCAAUAUACCACCUGAGUUUUUGGAUGACAAGGAAAUUGUCAGCCUAUGUCUCAAACGAAAUGCUUGGUCCUUCAUUAUCGUUGAAGAUGAUUUACGAAAUGAUAGGGAGCUUGUGAUGGAGGCAAUUAGAUGCGGCUGCCCUUUAUCACAACUCAAUCGUGAAUUCAUUGACGACAAGGAAAUUAUACUACUGGCCAUUAACGUUUUGGGAGGUGAGAAUAUACGCUAUGCCGAUGAUCGAUUGAAAAGUGACAAUGAUUGUGUUACGGCUGCUCUGGCGAGCGAACCUUCUGCACUAAGAUACCUAGGUCACGAGUUUAGAUCGAAUAGGAGCCUUGUGAUGAACAUUUUGCAAGAUCAUGGAUUUUUAUACGACUCAAUUGCUGACGAAUUGAAGGGAGAUAAGGAAAUUCUUUUAAUUGCGUUGCAAAGCUCAUUUCCUGAUAUUUUCAUGUAUGCAAGCGCAGAGUUGAGAGCAGAUCGAGAAGUGGUCCUUGAAGCGGUCAAAAUUAAUGGUGAUUGUUUGAGACAUGCAUCCAUUGAAUUUCAAAACGAUUUUGAAGUUGUCAUGGAAGCUGUAAAAUCUCAAGGUUGUGCGCUUCGUUUUGCCAGUGCUGAUUUGAGAAACAAUUUUCAAGUUUGUCAAGUGGCAAUCUAUUCCAAUCCCACCAAUUAUCACUAUAUUGGUCCUGUCAUGAAGAAAAACAGAGAGUUAGCCAUGCAAGCAAUUGACCUGAGUAGUGUCAAUUACAAAUAUAUGGAUGACAGUUUAAAACAGGAUGAAGAGCUUGCAUGGUUAGCUGUGAGCUCAAGCCAAUCAUAUGGUUUGAACGUGACAGAUUUUGAUGAAAUAUUUCAACGCGAUAGGAGCAUCAUGUUGGAAUUUAUGAAACGUCAUCCUUAUCAGCAUCAGUUUGAGCUAUUGUGGAAACCUUUCAGAAGUGACAUGGAGUUUAUCAUGCCCUGUCUGUGCUCCGAUGGAAACACAUUACAACAUGUUCCUAUUGCUCUGAAAAAAGAUAGAGAACUAGUCAAGACCGCAAUAAGAGCAGGCCUAUCCUAUGAACAUCUUACAAUGAAGUACAAGCAAGACAAAGACAUUAUCUUGUUGUUUGGUUCCAAAAGAAAUGGUUUACAUUUCUAUUCAUCCCUAAACGAUGAAUUGCAAAAUGACAUUGAGGUGAUUAAGUGUGCUUUGAAGUCAGGUGUCCCUUUUUCAUUCAUUCCAAAAGAGUUGCAAAAAGAUAAGAACUUGGCCAUGAUCGCUCUGAAACAUGACGUAUCCAACUACAAAUACUUGCUUUCAGAACUUGCUUCAGAUCGAGAAUUUAUUCUUGAUGUAGCAGCAAGAGCAGGCACACCAAUCAUUGAAUAUGGCAAAGAGUGGAACAAUGAUAAGGAAAUCGUUAUGCAAUGUCUUGCAAGAAAUGGAUAUGCGUUUCAAUAUGUUUCUGACGAGUUGGCCAAGGAUAGGGAGAUUGUUAUCGAAUCUGUUCGAAACGACGCCUCCCAGCUACAAAAGGUUGAUCAAGUGUUUAAAAAAGACAAGGAAAUUGUCAAAAUGGCCAUUCAUAACAAUGCACAUUGUGUUCGAUAUGCUGACCCUUCGCUCAGGAGUGAUAAAGACUUUAUCAUGCAAGUGAUUAUUGAAGGCACCACAUCCAUUUAUAGGUACAUUCAUGAUGAGUUACGCAAUGACAAAGAAUUACUUAAGAAGGUGCUGUUAAAGGAACCAAACAUGUUCCGUUAUGCAAGUAGCAACUUGAGGAAUGACAAAGAAAUGGCGCUUUUCGCUGUCACAACCAGUGGUUCAUUAUUGAUGUUUGUUGGAGAAGCAUUGAAAGAUGACAUUGAGGUCGUUGAACGAGCAGUUUUUCACACUGGAGAAGCAAUGAAAUAUGCAAGUACCAGACUGAAGAAAGACAGAGAGUUUGCAAUGAAGGCUCUUCGAUUUUCACCUACAUGUAUCGAAUAUGUGGACGAGAAAUUCAGGAAAGAUAAGAACUUUGUGAUGGAGCUCCUUGAAAUUGAUCAUUUCUUCUCAUAUGUAUAUAUUAACAGAUUGGAUCCUACCAUGAGACAAGAUCGAGAUGUUGUAAAAAAGGCUAUAGAACAAGAAGCAUACAAUUAUCAGUAUGCACAUUAUUCAUUGAGAAAAGACAAAGAACUGACAUUACUUGCUGUAAAGAAAAAUGGAUCCUCAUUGAGCUAUGCGCCUCUCUCUCUAAGAAAAGACAAACAAGUUGUUUUGACAGCCCUUAAAAACGACCCAUUAUCUUUAAAAUUUGCCUCACCUGAGCUUCAAGACGAUGAGGAACUUGUGGAAAUGGCUGUAAGACAGAAUGGAGAUGCUCUCAGACAUGCAAGCGAAAGACUUCGAAAAAAACGUGAUUUAGUGUUAAAAGCAUUCAAAUAUGGAACCGAUUAUGGCACUACUCCACUCAUCAAUCUCAGCCAAGAAUUUAAAAACGAUAAGGAGGUUGUAUUGUUAGCUGUCAAAAAGGCUGGUCUAUCAUUAGAGUUUGCACAUUCAUCAUUGCAAAUGGAUCGAGAGGUUGUUUUGGCAGCCGUGAAACAGAAUGGAGAAGCCUUAGAAUUUGCAGCUUCUCAUUUACGGAGCGAUCCUGAAAUCGUUCGAGAAGCAAUAACGCAAAAUGGUCGGUCACUCGCUCAUGUCCAUGGAAAAAUUGACAAAUCAUUAAUGAUUCUUGCACUCAAAACGUAUUAUUUCGACCAUGUGGACAUUGACAUGGAUUUGUUAAAAGAUGAAGAGGUAGCGUUGGAGAUUGUGAAAUGUCGCCCAUUUGAAUUCCGUUAUUUGAACAAAGCAUUACGAUACAAUAGAAAUAUAUUGCUUACUGCUCUCAAGUCGCAGCAUGAUUCCUAUUUUUUCACAUCACCAGAGUUGAAAGCAGAUAAGGAAGUCAUUUUACUGGCUGCUUCUCAAAAUGAACAAGUGUUAGCAACCUGUGCUGAUGAUCUUAAGAAGGACAAAGCUUUCGCGUUAGAUUUAGUCAAAUUGAAUGGUUCUGCAUUUCGCCAUCUUGAUGCCUCGCUCAGGAACGAUAAAGAGGUCGCAUUGGCAGCUGUUAAACAAAGUCCAAAUGCUGUGUUUUAUCUUGGACCAGACAUGUUAAAAGAUAGAGAAAUCAUUUUUACAGCCAUCAAGACAGGAAGUGCAUUGAUUUUACUUGCUGCAGAUGAAGAGUUUAGAAAAGACAAGGAAAUUAUACUUCAAGCCAUCAAAAGAGAUCCUAAAUCCAUGAUUCGUGUUAAUGGCCUUGGUGUGUUCAGUGAUAAGGAAUUAAUGAAAAGUAUAAUCUUGUUGCAUCCUGAGGUGUUACAGUACGCUUCUGUUGAGCUGAGAAUGGAUAGGGAAUUUGUGAUGAACAUUGUUAAACAUUGUGGACGUGCACUGUUAUUUACUGAUCCAUUAUUCAGAGAUGAUCGCGAAAUUGUAUUGCUAGCUGUUUCCAAUGAUGGAAAUGCAUUAUCGGGAGCAAGUGAUCGAUUGAGAAAUGAUGUUGAAAUUAUUACACAUGCAAUUCAAAAGAAUGGUGAAAGCUUGCAGUAUGUCACCUGUCCUAAAGUGAUCCAUGACAAGAAGUUUUUAUUACAAGCUCUUGAAAGUGCUGAGGAAGCUUAUUUCCUUACAAAAUGGGACAUUCAUCAGCUCGAUAGGGAUAUUGUGUUGGUAGCUGUAAAAAAGACUGGCAAUGUUCUUACCUUGUUACAUUUUGAUUCACUUUGGAAAGAUAAGGAAAUUGUGAUGGAAGCAGCAAGAAAUUGUCCUUCCAUUGUCAUGCAUGACCAAUAUUUCAACCUGAGAGAGGACAGAGAAUUCAUGACAGAAUUGACAGAACAGCAUGAAAUGGCCAUAUCCUAUGCCUCAGAAUCACUUCAAAAUGACAGAGACUUUGCAUUGCAAGUCGUGAAGAAAAAUGGCCUGGCUCUCAAACAUCUCAUUGCUAAAUUCAAGCAAGAUGGUGAAAUUGUCAUGACCGCUGUUCAACAAAAUGGAAAAGCUCUUCCUGAAGGUCUUCUCAGCAGUGAUCGAGACAUUGUCUUGGCUGCUGUGAAACAAAAUGGAUAUGCUUUGGCUCAUGUGAAUGACGCAUCUUUAUUGAACGAUAGAGAGAUUGUUCUGGAAGCAGUGAAAAGUUCAGAUUGUGAAAGUACUUUGUACCAUGCUCCAUUUCGAUUUAGAAAAGAUUUGGAAAUUGUCAUGACUGCAGUCAAGCAUAAUCCGUCAGCGUUGGCCCAUUCAUUAUUGAAUCUUUCGGAUCAUGAAGAAUUGAUGAAUGAGCUUAUUCAAAAGAAAGAAUGUGCACUCUUUUUCGCUUCCUAUAGGCUCCAGCACGAUCGUGAAUUUGUUUUGAAAGCAGUGAAAUAUCAUGGACUUGCCUUGAGGUAUGCUCUUUCUAGUUUUGCUAAAGAUAAGGAAAUAGUCAUAGAAGCACUCAAUCAAAAUAUACAAGCAAUAGAUUAUGUUUAUUUGGAUUUUUUAAAUGACGAGGAUGUACAGGAAGUUAUUUUGGAGAAGAGAAGAAGCCAACAAGUACAUCAAAAACGUUUAAACUAG